CGGCGGCGGCGGCGCUGCGGAGGCUCCCGGGAGCGGGCGGCGCGGCGAGCGGACGGCGGCGGCGCCUCCCGGGCCGCCCGCGUGGGCCGAGCGGCACGCGUGCCGAGCAUGGCGGGCUCCCUGCCUCCCUGCGUGGUGGACUGCGGCACCGGGUAUACCAAGCUUGGCUACGCAGGCAACACUGAGCCACAGUUCAUUAUUCCUUCAUGUAUUGCCAUCAGGGAGUCGGCAAAGGUAGUUGACCAAGCCCAAAGGAGGGUGUUGAGAGGAGUCGAUGACCUGGACUUUUUCAUAGGGGACGAGGCCAUAGAUAAGCCCACGUAUGCCACAAAGUGGCCAAUAAGACAUGGAAUAAUUGAAGACUGGGAUCUAAUGGAAAGGUUCAUGGAACAAGUGAUUUUUAAAUACCUUCGAGCUGAACCUGAGGAUCAUUACUUUUUAAUGACAGAGCCUCCACUGAAUACACCCGAAAAUAGAGAAUAUCUUGCAGAAAUUAUGUUUGAAUCAUUUAACGUGCCAGGACUCUACAUUGCAGUUCAGGCGGUGCUGGCCUUGGCUGCAUCUUGGACAUCUCGGCAAGUUGGCGAACGCACGCUAACGGGGAUCGUCAUCGACAGCGGGGACGGGGUCACUCACGCCAUCCCAGUGGCAGAAGGUUAUGUAAUUGGAAGCUGCAUCAAACACAUCCCGAUUGCAGGUAGAGAUAUUACCUAUUUCAUUCAGCAGCUGCUAAGGGAGAGGGAGGUGGGAAUCCCUCCCGAGCAGUCACUGGAGACCGCAAAAGCCAUCAAGGAGAAAUACUGUUACAUUUGCCCGGACAUAGUCAAGGAAUUUGCCAAGUAUGACGUGGAUCCCCGGAAGUGGAUCAAGCAGUACACGGGCAUUAAUGCGAUCAACCAGAAGAAGUUCAUUAUAGACGUUGGCUACGAAAGAUUCCUGGGGCCUGAAAUUUUCUUUCACCCAGAGUUUGCCAACCCAGACUUUAUGGAGUCCAUCUCGGAUGUCGUUGAUGAAGUAAUACAGAACUGCCCCAUCGACGUGCGCCGCCCGCUGUAUAAGAACGUCGUUCUCUCAGGAGGCUCCACAAUGUUCAGGGACUUCGGACGUCGACUGCAGAGAGAUUUAAAACGAGUGGUCGAUGCCAGGCUGAGACUCAGCGAAGAGCUCAGCGGUGGCCGGAUCAAGCCUAAGCCCGUGGAGGUUCAGGUGAUAACGCAUCAUAUGCAGCGCUAUGCGGUGUGGUUUGGAGGCUCGAUGCUGGCCUCAACUCCCGAGUUCUUUCAGGUGUGCCACACCAAGAAGGACUACGAGGAGUAUGGCCCCAGCAUCUGCCGCCACAACCCCGUCUUCGGAGUCAUGUCCUAGUGUUCGUGUCGACGGCGUCUCCCGGUCACGCGGCGCCGGGCUGAGACCGCAGCUCCUGUACAUAGUGGCGUCCAGUGUCGAUGUCGAGAAGCGUGCUUGCGUCGCCGAAUGCAUGAGGCGGUUCCGUGCACGCCCCCCGUGUGCCCGCCGUCCGACGGCCGCCCUCCCUCCCCGCGCCCUCCCCGCCUCCCCGCCUCCGAGCUUCUAGUCCGCGGAGAAUUCUGAAGGAAUUCACCUGCGACUUUAAAAAUGGUGAGGAAAUCCCCCCAGAAGAUGGCGCAAACUGGUCCCCGCGGGAAAGAAUAUGGGGCUGUACCCCCUUUUCCUCCCGGCCUAUUUUUGUAAAUAAAACGUUAUAAACUUGAAAUACAAAUUGAUGUUUAUAUUUCCUAUUAUUUUGUAUUUCCUGGUAUUUGGUACAACUGGCCGAGCCUAAGCACGAAUAGAUUUUGGUGUCUUGGAGUUGCUGUAAAAACGUUUCUACUUGUGAGGCAUGUUCUGAUGUGUCUGUAGGCAAACAAAACAAAGCAGCAAACUUUUUUGCCACAUGUUUGCUAGAAAACGAUCACGCUUUAUUGGCGUCACAUGAAGUUUCAACACUAAACACUGUUGUACGAGAAUCAUUACAGAUAAUGUAUCUCUUCAUUUUCCUGUUUGACCUUUCUGGAACUGUUUUAUAGAAGACGCUGGUUUGCCGUUGGAGUGUUGGAUGAAAUGCUACCGUGCACCGUUGUAAUAAAAACGGUUAGACUCUUUA